AUGACGGGCGAAAGCAGCCCAGCAUCAACACCUGCAGAAGAGCACCUUGAGGUAUACCCAUAUCAAUCAGACUUGCAAUCCUAUGCGCAGCCGCCGAUCCACGAUCUCUACCAUGAGAUUUUUCGGGAACUUUGCACCGCCAACCAGGCAAAGAAAUCCGACGUCUUAUUCACUACGGUAAAUGAUUCUGAAACCCCUAGGAACAAAGUAAUAACCCUAGCGUUAGAUUUCUCCUGCACUCCAGACAAAGAAAUUGCAACGAAUGGAGAAGAAUUCGAGGAAACAAGUGGGGGCGAAGAUGAGGACUCUUCAGAUGACGGCCAGUCAAAUUGUCAGACAUUCGGCGUCAAGGCUAAACGCGAAGGUGACUAUCAGCACCGUAAGGCCAUCCGCCAUCUCGAAGGCCACGUGACUAGUCUCAUGGAUCUGUUGCCCACUAUCCAACAUUUUUGCGAUGACGAACAUGUAUUUGAGAGCCAAGAGAAGGCUAGGUCUAGAAUCCAGCCGACCAAGUCGCCUUCAGCAGCGGAUGCUUUCAUCAGCCAAGUUGUGGAUAAAUUUUCGCUUGUCAAUGCUUCGUUAGCCAGGCGUCUUGGUGAGGCAGGGUGGGAGAGGUUUCGCCGCUUGCAGAGAAAUCUCGCUCGACAUGAAAAGUUACGAAACCUAGGCGAGGCUAGUUCCGAGGACGAGGAUGGAGAGGCCUUCACGGAUGAGGAUGAACCUUCAAACUUCGUGCCUGCGUCGAAGUUUCAUGAUUCAGGAUUGGGUACUUCCCUUGCCACCCAGUCUCGAUAUGCGGCUUCCGCCGCAUCCCACACAUCGUUCUUGUCGACCAAGUCAACUACGGAAGGUGUUCAUCGAGUGCCUCCAACCCCCAACGAAGUUUUCAGUGGGGUUCCGUUUCAUUGCAAGCUGUGCAAUCGUAAAAUAGACUACAUCGACUCCAGAGUCAAGUGGAAGUCGUGGGAAGAGCAUGAAUUCACGACUCAUCGCUAUCGUGAAAUCUACCGAUGUGGAAGGUGCGAGCCAACUUUCGACACGAUCGAUAGCUUCAAGGAGCACGUUCGAGCAAAACACUAUGACCUGAACAAAGACGUUCGGGAAUGGAUCGUUAUGCAUCCUCUGUUAACGCUUGUUGAGCGCGACAUCAAGCAAGAACAAUGCACCUUAUGUCACCAAAGUGGGUUCAAAGAUCGACGUUCUUUCGUGACUCACAUCAGUCGGCAUUUGGAGCAGAUUGCUCUCGUGUCUCUUCCAGCAAGUAUGACUGAAGGGAAUGACUCUGCUGAGGAGUCUAGUUCGGACCUUGAAGACGUAAUCGAUCCACUGAACGCUCCAAAUAAGGCUGAGGCUCUUCUGUCUGCUCUCAAUCAGCCUCAUAUAGAUGCAUUGCAAAAUAUCGUGAAGGAGUCGAAUCUCACUUUACCUCCAUUCCUCAUUGACCGUAUAGCGCACGAGCAAAAAGGCCGUUACAGGAGAUUGAUCCAUCUCAGGAGACAGCACAAAGGGAAUUGGUCCAAUAAUCGAGAAGCAUUUGAACUCAAAGAUCCUCAAGAUCCACUAUCAUUGCCAGGAGGUUGUCAAUUGCCUGGAGAGUUUAGGUGCCCGUAUUGUUCUCAGAAGAGGAAAUUCACAAAGCAUCUUGUGCGAGAGCACAAAUUGCCUGAACCACGAAUGCCCAGGAAAGGCAAAGGCGUGACUGAUCACAACCCUGUCUGGAAUUUGCUUGAAAAAUGCAGAUUUGAGAAUUCACUUAGCCCCACAGAAGAACCUUGCAAAUUCUGCGGACAGAUUUUGAAUACCUGGAAGAAGUUGGCGACACAUGUGGCAAAGCACAUGGAACAGAUUGCAUUUCCGGUGCUGAGCUUGGUAGGAAACACUACACUCUGGGUUGAGACCCCGCCAACUCCACUUCAUGCGCUACCACAAUCGCGUCAGGUCCAGCCCGACAAGCUGCCUCUGUCGGAAGAUCAAAAUUUGCCAGAAAGCCUGGCUAAGUCUCUGGAAGAAGAAGAAGGCGGCGCACCUAUGAAUUCGCAGUUCUCAACUGCUCGCGAACCUGUGGGAAAAUCUGACAUUCUCACUACACAUCUCCCUUCCGACCCGACCCCAGUAAAGGGACAGCCUCUACCUAAAAUAUCAGAAUUUUUUACAGCUUCGAGUAAAAUUGGACAAGCCGGCCAGGUGGAGCCCCUCUUUGACGAUUCCUCGAAGAUGAAUGCUCUUCCCACUCAGGCGCCUUCGGGUUGUCAGCGAUGCACGGCCCAGAAACAAUAUUGUGACGGUCAUAAACCCUGUACACAUUGCAGAGAAGCUGGUAUACAUGCUGACGGCUGUAUCCAUUGGGACGAACACAAAUAUGGUGUAGACGGGUUUCAAACUCCACCACCAGAAGCUGGAGACUCUCGGCCACGAACGUCUCGACCGUUUGAACGAACAUUGGAUUCAGAUUUGGUAGACGGGUAUGUAAUGUCCAAUGUAUACCAAAGUGCUUCUUCAGAGGUAAAUGUGGUCGAUGAGAAUACAUUACGUCCUUUGAAAGGGACGGAGCGGGAAAUUGAUGAUCCCUUUUGGGCUUCCGACGGUCCCAUGAGCGGCCAUUAUCGUGGCGUGCCCUGGACUUCGGGUGCUGUUGGAAAUGAGUCCUUUGAUAGCUCCGCUAAGAAGGAAGGAAACUUCCCAUACACUCCAGAAUUAGACAUCAAAGUCGACGUUGGGCCUGAACCUUGCGAAGAUGAACCAGCAUUCCGUCCGGUGAUGUUCCAACAUACAUUUGCCGAGAGCUUCGCAAAGUCCACCACAGAAUCGCUGGAAAGGCGUAAAGACUGA